AGCUUUCUGCUCAAGGGGCCCAGGCCAAAAAAAUCAUGAAAGCAUUAUUGCCCUUUGACAUGAAGCAGAUCCACCGUAUGAUAGACGAGAUUCGAAAGUGGAUGCCCUUCACGCCUUCAUCCAAGGUGGUUUGCUUGGGCAUUACCUACGACUGCAGUGAGGAUGCAGCAAGAGAGCAAUUCUUGGAGGACUUCCGCUCUCGCAUUCUCCUCACAUACCGCUGUGGCCUGGAGCCUCCCUUGCAACUGGCAGGCGGUGGCACGACAGCCUCGGAUUCAGGCUGGGGGUGCAUGCUGCGGGUAACGCAGAUGAUGCUGGCCCAGUGCUUCGUCUCCCUCAGCCUAGGCCGUGAGUGGCGCUUUGGAGAAAAAGAUCUGAAAGAAGGCUCUACUUAUUUGCGCAUCACCAGCUGCUUCCUUGACACGCCAAAGGCACUCUUUUCCUUGCAUCGCCUCGUGGAAAUGGGGCAGCACAUCCUGGGCAAAGAGCCUUCCUCUUGGUUUGGUCCCACCUCUGCGGCUCAAGCAGUGGGACAUCUCUUCGAGACCUCCAAGGAGGAUGGUGCAGGUCGUCCAGACUUCCUGCAGGAGGUCGGCUGUGCUGUGUUUGUGGAUGGACCUAUCUACAAAGAGACUGUGAUGGAGCGCUUCAACGGCGGCUGCACAUCGGUCAUCAUUUUGGUGUGCCGCCGACUUGGCUUGGAGAGUUGCAAUCUCGAAGAAUAUCAGCAAGGCCUGGAUGUCUGCUUUCGACUUCCGGAAUUUCAGGGCUUGGCAAGUGGCAAUAGUUCCUCGUCAGCCCAUUUCUUUGUGGCCACGCACGGUGAGGAUAGUCUCCUGUUCAUGGACCCUCACGUCACCUAUCCUGCGCUGCAAAAGGAUGCGGAUGUUGUGGCCUCGUGUGGUUUGCGAGCUGGACGACCGCUGCGGUUGCCCUGGUCAAGUCUAAAUCCGUCGGUUUGUGUUGCUUUCCUGGUCCAAUCCAAGAGCGAGUUCCUCUCGCUCUGCGAUCGCUUGUGUGAAGGACCAGGAGAACAGCUCUUCGAAGUGCUUGAAAGGCAACCCACCUAUAAUGCCGCCUUCGACGACCUCUUGGAGGCAGAUGAUUUGGUGGUGGUAAGCUGAUGGGCCAUCGGUGCGAAUUCGGUGCCAGGCCUGCCAGGCCUAAAGGGUUUUGGAAGCCCUGAGAAUCGCCCUGAGAAGUCCAGAAAUUUGGUCAUUUUUG